AGUUGACGGACGCGAACAAGCGCGACCUUGACUUGACCUUGACUUGACCUCAUCCGUACCGACGCUGAAGCUGCACUAAAUGUCGGGCUCAAGACGUGCCAGCACCCUGUCGUGGUAUUCUCAACUUCCGGGCGACUCACAGAAUAAUCAUCGUAAUGCCCUCGGCGAAGUAUUCUACCAGCACUUAAACACGUCGAACGCGUCGCAGUCAAUGCCACGCUUGAGUCCCCGCCUUCCUGAAGCAGAGGAUUCGCAUCCAUUCGCUGCCUCCACGCCGACCGCGCAUUCACCUCAGUCUUCGUCUCGCCCAGCUUUACGCAAGGAGAAGAGCUUCGAGAUACAGCAUGUUACGAAUAUCCGAGAAAUCGACCCAAGUUGGGAGGACGAUGAUGUCGAUGAGAUAAUGGUCAUCUCGCCUAGAAAGUCGAGGAUGAAGACUCUUAGCAUUAUUCCGGAAGACCCUGAAGCGUCCAGAAGGCACGAGCCUGUGGACGUAUCAUCAUUCCAAAUCUUACAACUCCUAACCUCAAAUGGAGUGUCCAGAAUCUUCGCAUGCAAAAGACCGGAGAAUUCGCUUGUGUAUGCAAUGAAGGUCAUCGCCAAAGACCAUCUUCGUCCUUCGCGUGACAUAUUGCAGCUAGUCACUAACGAACAAGCUGUAUUGAAAUAUAUUGCACAGUUGAGUGUGCCCUUUGCUGAGAAGCUAUAUUUCAGCUUCCAGAACCCAACGUUUAUUUACACUGUGACGGACAUAUAUGCUAGCACGUUGUCUUCAUUCUGCCCUCUUACACCAGAAGCUGCGCAUUUCUACGCAGCAGAACUCGUGGAAGCAGUCUCCAGUUUACAUGCAGUAGGCGUCGUUCAUCGAAACAUCCAACCGACCACCGUCCUUUUGCGUCCCAACGGCCAUUUACUACUCGGCGGAUUUGGGCAUGCUAUCGGUCAAACUAACCAUGUCGAUACGGUUUCUACCAAUGUCAGUGACGACUCAGACCAGUUGCAGUAUCAAGCACCUGAAAUGGUUCUUGGAUGGCGACAUGAUCGAGCCGUGGAUAUAUGGGCUGUGGCCUUGAUGUUAUAUGCAAUGUUGACAGGAAAGCACCCAUUCUUGGAUGACGAAGAGAGCCAUGGGUCUCUCAUCAAAAGUAAGAUUUUGCAUGCGCAAUUUAACUCGGAGGCAUUGCAGUCUUUCGAUUCGGGUAAUGAGGUGCUGGAUAUGAUUCGACAGUGUUUGGAGCGAAAUCCAGCUAUGCGACCCAGCAUAGAAGACCUGAAGAUGCAUUCAUCCUUUUCCGGCGUCGAUUGGGCGAGUAUCCAAGAUUGCGCUUCGCCGGGACCCAUCAUUCCUCAAGUACAAUUCAACGUGGACGAACCGAAUAAGCAAUGCCUCCUCACUUCUCCUGAAGAUGCGCCUAUCUCGCACAUUGAUGGAUUCUCUUUCACACUUGAAACACCUGAGCUACAACCUGCUUUUGACCAGCCUCCGAUUCCUCAACGAUCAGCUCAAGAAGAUACAUCGCAAGACUUCUCUGUUACUUCUCUUCCCUCUUCCUUUUCGUGUACCUCUUUGGGCGAAAUCAAGGAACCUCGGACCUACCUAAAUUUUGACGACUCUCUAGACAAAUCGACUCUGACUGCUGAAGACUUAAGCAGACGUAAUACGGUUGGCUACUUACCUCAGUCUCUGGCAUCGAUGUCGACUCCGGAACGAACACCUACGCGAGGAUUGCGGAAAUAUGCUAGUCUGAACUUUGAACUUGAUACCAUUGUUUCUCUUUCGCAUGAAGACUCCGACUCCGAUAGCACCUCCGUCCACAAUGAUCGACCUGCACAUGGCUCAAGGUCCACUCCGUUGGCUUAUCUCCCUCGCUGGUCCCCUCUCAAAAAUUUCAGGUUCAUACGGCCUCAGGCUUCUUCUUCACCUGCGACCCACACUUCCCCUUACCAAAACUUAACACCGGAAUUCACUGCUCUCGCUGACGUAAAUGGACAACCUGGCAACAAGCUUCGGAGAACACUUCGUACUCCACGGUCGAAUAGCACGCCGUUGUUACUCCCGUCCUUCGCACAACCUCUUCCGGACUUGCCUUCUCAUGUCGAGCAAAUUGGAAGUGGGAUCGGAUAUACUCAUACGAGAAGUCCAAGAACGUUGAAGACCAACUCGACUUCAGGAGGUGAAAGUGGAAACUUGGAGACGACGCCUCGACGUAGCUCGUCACUUCUGCCUGCGGCUUCGCGAUACCAAUCCUUGCUCUCGGAUGGUUUCACCGCUCUUCCUCGUCGCUUACUCCGAGCGAAGAAGCGCUCCCAAAAUCUAGAUUCUCAGACGCUCGCUGGCGAAGGACCAGGGAAAGAAGAAGACGAAGAUGAGAUGGACGCAGUGAUGAAAGAGAUGUAUGGAAGUACGUGGGACUUGAAUCUUGGUGGACACGCUGCUACUACAAUUCCACGCGCUCCUACAACUGUUGGUCCUGGCACUGGCUUAAGGGCUGCUGGUCUCGGAUUUGGCUUCAAGUCCUCAAGCACACCGCCUCCACGGUUGGCGGAAAGGUUGUCUUCGUUAAUUCCUGGAACGAAUCGCCUAAAAGUUCCGUUGGAUAGCUCAGUGGAUGGCACUUUGGCUGUGGGGUCAACACUGAGUCUGUCAUACACUCGUCAAGGCUGCUCACUAAAAGGCCCCGUCCAAUUCGCGGGCGGUCUCGGUUCAUACUGACACUACCAAAAGCGGGCUCGCACUCGGAGCUCGACGGCGGCUGACGUCAUGCGUGAUAGGGAU